GCAACAACAACUACCUUACAGUUGCUGGACUAAAUCGAAGAACCUGUUUGCUUUCAAAGAAGUUGUGUCAAAAACUGCAAUUUAUCGUAUGAUGGUUUAAAAAUCUACGUUUUAGAAGCAUUAAAGAUAUAGCCUUAUCUUUCAAAAGGCUUCAGACGCCAAGAUGAUGGAAUUAAGCUUAGCAAGGGCUGAUUAUCUCCAGGUUGGAGUUACAUCACCAAAAUCAUUGAAAGUGCUUCAUGGUGCAUCUUCAAAAAAGGGAGCCCAAAAUAAAAUUGUUAUUGCUGAUCAGGCUGGUGUAUUGACAUGCUUUGGAAUGAAAAAAGGGAAUUUACAGAUGGUAUUUAAGACUCUGCCUGGGACAAAAAUCUUGCGUGUUGAGCUUGGUGGUAUUGAAGGCCCACAAUCAGAGAAAAUAUUUGUUGCAGCUGGUGCUGAAAUAAGGGCCUAUACAAAAAAGGGAAAACAAUUCUUGAGUUUCAACACAAAUCUGACUGAGAGCAUCCAGAGCAUGUCUGUCUCAGGAAAUGAUUUGUUCCUUUGUGGCAACUACAUCUUCAAUCAAUAUCAUGACUGCCAAGAUGAGAACUAUUUUCUGUCACCUGAUAAGAUCAAUGACAUUAUUUGCCUUCCCCAAAAAAAUAACAUGCCUAUCAUGCCAGUUCUUGCAUGUCAAGACAGAGCUCUGAGAGUAUUGCAGAAAUCUGAUAUGCUGUAUGAGCAAGAGGUUUCUGGGCCACCAGUUGUUCUGGCUUUGAAUGCAAAAGUUGGUGGGGAAGGUCGCGAUGAGGUUCUUUAUGGAACAUCCGAUGGCAAAGUUGGUCUUGUUCAGCUUACAAGUGAAAGGCCGGAACAUAUUUGGGAAAUACCAAAUGAUAACCGCUACGGAGAUGUUAGUGCUUUGGAAACCUUCGAUAUAACAGCAGAUGGCACCCCAGAUGUUUUGGUUGGCAGAAGCGAUGGUAUGGUUGAGGUCUAUAGUGUAGAAGAUGGUGGGGAGCCGACCCAAAGAUUUAAGCAUAUGUUGUCAGAAAGUAUCACAUCAGUUCAAGGGGGCUGUAUUGGCACAGCUCAUUAUGAUGAAAUUGUCCUGUCAACAUACACUGGUUGGGUUUUGGGCUUAACAACUGAGCCACAGCAGAAGCGUGUUGGCAUGCCAAAUGCUGCCACAGUUACAGAUGAUAAUAACAUGACUGUCAUGAAAAUGGCCGCUUUAAGUGCUGAAAUUGAAGAGCUGCAGCAAAAAGUUCUCAUGGAGAGGGAACGGUACCAGGUUCUCUCGCAAUCAGACACUGCAGUUUCAGCUGUGCCAAAUUUUUCGCUCAAUGACAAGUUCUCGUUAAGUAGAGACGAUGCAAGUUAUACCUUAAGCAUUGAAGUGGAAACAGCAAUCGAUACUGUACUGCUCCAGAGUGAUGUACCGGUAGAUCUUUUGGAUGUUGACAAGAAUUCAGCUGUUGUAAGUUACAGCUCCUGUGAUGCAGAUAGUGGCAAUUUCUUGCUUGCGACCUAUCGAUGUCAAGCCAAUACUACAAGAUUGGAACUCAAGAUCCGUACCAUUGAAGGUCAGUAUGGAACUAUCCAAGCCUAUAUAACGCCACGAAUUCAGCCAAAGACAUGUCAACUUCGUCAAUACCAAAUUAAACCUUUGUCUCUGCAUCAGAGGACUCAUAUUUUUGACGAGGAAAGGCCACAUAAUUCUUUGAAACUAACUGGUGCAUUCAGCCAAGCGGAAGUACACUCCUGGAUUCAUAUGUGCUUACCUGAAGUACCUGAAAGAACACCACCUGGCGAUGAAGUUACUUUCACAUUCAUGUCUACAUUCCUUGAAACCCAUUUGGAAUGCAGCUACAGGAAGGGCCAGGCAACCUUCAGGUCAGAUAAUAUAUCUACAAUCUCAAUUCUGAAAGAUGUCUUAUCAAAAGAAGCAACAAACCGAAAGAUCAACCUGAGCAUUUCAUAUGAGCUUAAUGAAGACUCAAUUCCUAAUGUGCUGAGAAGGAUUCACCCUAAACUUGACUAUCAGCUUCUUUUGGCAAAGAAGGUCCAACUAGUUGAUGGGUUAAAGGAGCUGCAAGUUUAUGAGAAUGAUACAAGUUUUCUUGGUCAGGAGUACCAAGAGAUUUUGGAAAAUUCAGAGCAGCUUCUUGAGGAGUUUAAAAAGCAACCAUGCCACCUUGAAAGGCUAUAUGGAAUGAUCACAGAUCUUUUCAUUGACAAACAUAAGUUCAAGGGGCAGAACGUGAAGAACAAGGUGACAGCACUUAUGGGGAUAUUGGAUAAUUAUGACUUAGACACUUUGAUUGAUUUUUUCCAAGAGCACUAAAUGGAAAUUGAAAAGUUCUGUUCCAAGUACCUUCUAUCCAAACAGCAGUUUAUGACAAGUUUCAAGACUUACUACUUACACAGGCACCCAAUCUCCAUUCCAAACAAGAACUUUAGAAUCAAGCUUCAUAUUAAAAGAGAGCACUGGGAGGAGAAUGAUGUAUAUCAAACCUUUUAUUAAUUGCAAUGCCAAUUAAUUUUGCCCAAAAGGUUGUAUUCCUGUGAAAAAGGUGAUAUUGCUGUUCCACUCACUUUAAUGAAAAAAUAAAUAAAGUGUAAAUAUACAAAUAGGUUUUGCACAUAGAAGAAAAUUUUAACAUUUAGGAGGUAAUAAUACAGUUGAUGUCAGUAUGAGGUUCAUUGUUAAGGUGAAAAAAUUCUGGUAACUCUUUACUUGGUGUCCCUCUUUUUCAAGUGAAUAAAUAAGAUUGCUACAUUACAUGGUGAAGAAAUAUUUUCACAUCAAUGUGUAUGGAUGUUGUGGAUCAAACCACAGCACUGAUAAUUUGAGGUCAUCAGCCAUAUAAACCACGGACCUGUCCAGUUUCAAUUUGAAAUAUGAAUGAAAUUUAAAUGUUGUCAGGGCACCAUAUGAUAAUCAUUUUUCAUAGUUCAGUCUUUUAAAACAAAUUAAAUAUGAAAAAUCCAAAAAAUAGACAAAUUCAUGGUAGCAACAAGAAAUGAUCUUCAAGGCCAAGGAUGGAUCCAGAAUAACUCCGAACUGCCACACAGGCAAAAGCCUAGACAAUUUUCCAUGCCCUUGUUUUUCAGAAAUGCUGAGUUUGAGCACCAAUUACAGACACCUUUAUGUUCAAUUGUUUUGGCUUGAGGGCUUUGUUGCAGAAUGUGAGCCCAAGAAAAUACCAAAAUGCCUGUGUCUUACAUGUAUGAGACAUGGAAGGUCUUACAUUGAGGUCUAUAGCCAUAGAACAUUAUAGCAAAAAAUUAAUUCAUAAUGAUACACUGUAGAUAUAAUAUGUCCUCAACUAUAAGCUUGAAUACCCCCAUUACAUACUUAAAUAAAAAUCCCUAUACAUAACUUGAAAAAUUUGAAAUUGUCGGCUGGUGCAAGUUUGUGCAUACAGGCUCUGUCCAAUUUACAGUGUUAUGCACUUUGCAUAAGUGAUCUUGAUACAAGCAAACAAAUUUGUGGUAAACAUUUAAGAAACAGACGACAUAGUUUUUCUUACAAUCAAUUAUUUAUUAAACAGUAUACCAGAUAUGCUACACACAUGACUCGAGAAAGUUGAGCUUUGAGUUCCUUAGUACAAAGUUCGCGAUCUAACAUCUUGUCGUCGCACACAAACAAAGGCUCCGCCACAGCAAAAUACGGGACUAUAGGAGAUUUUAUAUAAGGCACAUGAUUCUUACUUUGGCCAAACAUGCACCAAACAAUUUCAGAAGAUGUUAGAUGCAUUAUUUCUUACUGCUUUCUCCGCUUCUUUUCGCAACAUCCCGGAGCAAUGAUAAUGUUUUUCGUAGUUCCGUUUUCACGUGUGGAACAUUAUGGUAAUUUUGUUCUAUAAACACUCCUGAUGCUACACCAAUCAAGGCCCCGAGCAUUAAAGUUUUAUUUAUGUGUGAUAUAACGAUUCCAGCUGUAAAUCCUUUCACAAAUGUCCAGUCAAAAGCCUUCUUGUCCUCGGUGUCCCCUUCGUCAGACAUAUUUACCAGCUAGGCCAGCAAAAAUGGCAGCAGUACUUCAUGUCUGCUUUACCAAGCUUUCAGCAGACGUCAGCUAGACGUCACCAUAAUGUUAUUGCGAUUUUUUACCACAUCAUCUUUAGGUGCAUGUACUACAGUUUUUGGCAAUCUGUUCCAUGUUUUUAUGCAACUAUCUGUAAAAAUUAUUUGCAAAAAUUCGAUAUUGGGCAAGACUUCUUCAGCUUAAGAUAAUGGCCACAACACAAAUAUCUUUGAACACUUUAGCAAAUGACCAAAAGCUAGAGUUAGUUGGAAAAAACUCAGUUAUUUUUGGGAAGUUGAUUUUAGAUUGAUUUUUUGAUUAAUUUAGUGGUUAAAAAUCAUUUCUCAUAUUUUGGGGUCUAGGAAAACAAUAUCGAAUGUUCAACUUUGAACGAGGUCAAGCCAAGUCCCGACAUGUUAAUGCUAUAGAACACUUUCUGUGCCAGUCCAGUUUUCAAAAGCUUCAAACCUCUAUUGAGGGUGUAGAAUGGGGGACAUUGCUAGUCAGUAGUCAGACGAUAAAGGGG